AUGAGCGACGCUUCGAAAGAUGGGCCUUUCCAGGCCGUCCAGGUUGAGGCUCUGGUCGUGAUGAAAAUCGCCAAGCAUUGCUCGUCGACCUUUCCCACAAUUGCGACCGGAUCCAUUGUUGGCAUGGACCGAAACAACCUUCUCGAAGUGACCAACACCUUCCACUUUCCUACCCUCGACAACACCACGACCGAGGGUCACCAGAACGAGACUUCUCUCGUUGCGGCCGCUGCCCCUAGGCAGAAAGCCAAUAUUGUCUACCAGACAGAGAUGAUUCGAUAUUUGAAAGAGGUCAAUGUUGAUGCCAACAAUGUUGGAUGGUACACAAGCGCGACAAUGGGCAAUUUCGUCAACAUGAGCUUCGUCGAGAAUCAGUAUCAUUACCAAAAAGACAAUGAUCGAGCCAUUGCCCUUGUACACGACACCAGCAAAAGCUCCCACGGCAACCUGACGCUGCGCGCUUUCCGUCUCACCAACACUUUCAUGGCUGCCUACAAGGAGGGCAAGUUCACCACUGAGAUCUUGCAAAAGUCCAGGCUGACUUUCCGCGACAUCUUGACCGAGUUGCCCAUUACCGUACACAACUCGCACCUCCUCACGUGUUUCCUUCACCAGAUGCCCGCACCACCGGCAACGGAGGAAAUUGAACAGCCCAACUCGAUUUCGGAGCUGAAGCGGGAACCCGUCAAGGCCCCUCUUUAUCCAUCCGUCGACAACCUUGAUCUCGCCAUCGACCCUUUCCUCGAGAAGACGUGCGAUCUGCUCCUGGAGAGCAUCGAGUCGCACUACACUGAUCUCAACAACUUCCAAUAUUACCAGCGCCAGGUCACCCGUGAACAGGGCAAGAUCUCUCAAUGGCAAUCCAAGCGAAAAGCCGAGAAUGCCCAGCGUGCCGCAGCCAAGCAGCCUCUGUUACCUGAAGACGAAUGGCAACGUCUCUUCAAGAUGCCCCAGGAGCCUAGCCGCCUCGAGGGCAUGUUGAACGCAAAGCAGGUUGAGCAGUACAGCAAGCAAGUUGACGGCUUUACUUCCAAUAUCAGCGCCAAGAUGUUUGCUGUUCGGGAGAACCUGAUGCCUCAGUAA